CACAAUACUUGACGCAAGAUGGCGAUAGUGCAGACGGGAGCACGUUCUACUUUACAGAAGAAGAGAAGUCUCCUUCUUCUUCUACUACUUCCAUUCAUGCUGUAAACACGCCAAGUAUUACAGCAGGUUGACAUCAUGGACUUGCUGUACGGCCCGGUGGGCUUGAGUGUGGUUGCCGGACUCGGCUGUGGGCUUCUCCUGGGUUGGCACCUGCGUUCGCGCUUGGACCCCACAUUGAAGACCCAAAUGAUGGCCACGGACAACAGCGCCGGUGACGCUGACGUGAUGGGAGAAGGAGGCGAAUUCAAGAUGAUCCUGGUGGUGAGAAAUGACCUGAAGAUGGGCAAAGGGAAAGUGGCGGCGCAGUGCUCCCACGCCGCCGUCUCGGCCUACAAGCAGGUGCAGCGCAGGAACCCAGAGCUCCUUAAGCAGUGGGAGUACUGCGGCCAGCCCAAGGUGGUGGUCAAGGCCCCGGAUGAGGACACUCUCAUUGAGCUCCUGAGUCACGCCAAGCAAGUUGGACUUCCUGUCAGCCUGAUUCAGGACGCGGGGAGGACGCAGAUAGCGCCAGGGUCACGCACGGUUUUGGGCAUCGGUCCGGGCCCUGCUGAUCUGAUCGACAGCGUCACUGGAGACUUGAAGCUGUACUAGACAUGGUAAUGAAGCAGGCUUCCGUCUUUGUAGUUUAGGAAAUUGAACUACUUUUUUUAAGUUCUUGCUUUGUGUAUAAAAAGAAAAUAAAUGCUUUCCUUGAUCGACUGAGAGCGUUACAUUUUAGGUUGAGUGAG